AUGACUAGAUGUGAAGGUGGAGGUGUUCCACUUUGUCUUACCCGUACGAGUUCAUCUAUCUUACUAGCCUGGUUUACGAAGAUGGACAAAUUAAAAGGUGUGAUUCAGACUAUACAUACGUCCGAGGAAACCCCACCAUUUGUACUCACCUCCGAAGUUGAUGAAAGGUGGACCAUCAAGGUAUAUGGUAAUAUUUCUGGUUCUCUUCAAAUAUGGGAAACUCAACAAGAUAUUCCGGACACAAAGAAAGUCUCCUUGAUAUCCGAAGCUAUAACCGACGGAAACCUUCAUCUCGAUCUUCCUUCAUCCAAAUCCCAAGCUCUCACACUUCAUAUCUUCCUUUCGAACGAACAAUCACUUAUUUUCCAUCUUCAAUUGAAUGAAGGUCAAAAUGCCGGUAUGGAAUUGUUGGGUAUCAUAGGCACCAUAUUGCAGAGAAAACCCCAGGAACCUAAAGAUGUUGAUAAAUUACGAGAUGAAAUCAGAAUGUUGAAAGUAUCUUUAGCGGAGAAAGAUAAAACCAUCAAUACGUAUCAAUCCAAAAUCACCGCGUUGGAAGGCAAGUUGGUCCGAGCUUCACCUAAGAAACCGAAAACUGGUAAAUUAUGA